AUGAGCCUGUCAACAACUUUAAAGCCACUGCCCACCUGCACCAUUGCCUGCCUUCCGGAAUGGUUUUUGCAGGUGGAACAGGAGUUCCUCCUUCAUCACAUCACCUCUCCACUCAACAAAUGUCGAAUACUGGUGACAAAUCUACCACCUGAACUUCUACACUCUGUCAGCGACCUCCUCAACAACCCCGAGUAUAAUUCCUAUGAACUCCUCAAAGAAGCAAUCCUGCAGCGAGCGGCGCCUUCCCCACGACACGCGUUGCGUGCUCUCUUCACGGCAGCGUCGCCGGACGGCCAUACACCCUUAGAAACGCUCCGACACAUGCAACGCACCCUCGCCCGCGCCGACACUCACCUGCCUCCUGAUAUUCUGCGCUCGAUGUUCCUCCAACGCCUGCCGGCGGCGCUUCAAACCGCCCUACUGGCCUCAGAACUCUCCACCGAGCAGCUAGCCUUGAAAGCAGACGAAAAACUCGCAAUACAAACUAGCCCACAAGUCUCAUCUGUGUCCACUACAUCGCCUCUAACCCUGGAGUCCCUCGCUACGCAGGUCGCCGAACUCACAACCGCCGUUCGACGGCUCGCAGCCCGCGACCCUUCACCGCGUCCCAGGUCCCGCCAUCGCAGCCCCGCAUCGCCCUGUGCCUACCGCGACCGCGGACGAGACUAUGCUCCUCAGCACCGUCAAAACUACAAUCGCCGCCGCUCCCAGACUCCAGACACAGGAGCAGAGGUCAGCCUUAUCCCUGCAUCCCACAAGGACAGGACCUCGCCCGCAUCUCGCACGCUGGAGGCCGCCAACUGUUCUCCCAUUAACGUAUACAGUGAGCGCUCCAUGACACUCCUUUUCAGCAGCGCCCCCCAUCCGAAACUGACGUGGGUGUUCCUGGUCGCUGAUGUACAGCAGCCAAUCCUCGGAGCAGACUUUCUCGCACAUUAUGGAUUCACGGUGGACCUUAAGCGGGAGGCCCUUGUACACCAGUCAGGAGCCCGCACCAGACGCCUCGUCGGCCCUACACUGACGAAACCUAUCAAUGUGACAACAACACCACCACACACUGUCACACACCACAUCGUCACGGCGGGCCCACCGGUCCACUUCCGUUGCAGGCCCCUCGCACCAGACCGUUUCCGCAUCGCAAAGGCAGAGUUUGAACACAUGAGGGACCUUGGAAUCAUACGCCCUUCCAGCAGCCAGUGGGCAUCUCCUCUGCACCUCGUACGGAAAAAGGAUGGCGAUUGGCGCCCUUGUGGUGAUUAUCGCCAUCUUAACACAUCUACUGCGCCAGAUCGCUAUCCCCUCCCGCACCUCCACUUCUUCACACGUGAACUCUCAGGUUGCACCAUUUUCUAA